AUGCUAUGGACGCUAGCGCGACAUGACCUCUCGAGCAUAAUCAAGCGGUCGAUACCUGCUUCGAAGACGCCUCCUUCGCUGUCGAAGAACCCCGGUAACCUGUAUGAGGUCCUUUCACGGACACCGUUAGGCGGUGUGGGCCGGCACGUAUACCAGACUCGGUGGACAGUCAAGAAGAUACCGGACUGCUACUGGAAAGUCACCAGAACACAAUUCAAGUGCGAGGGAAAGCACGGCAAAGCAUGGGGUUUGCUCUUCUGGAAAGGAAAACAGGUCAGCGAACAGCCGGAACGGAUAAGGGGUAGUUUGAAGUAUUCGUGGAACGAAGGCCGCUCAGAGGGUGUGUGGGACUACUAA